CGGAGGAAAACAAACUGAGGUUAGUGCAGGUGAAUUUAAAGGAGGGUGAACAGAAAACCACAGCAAGAGUAGAACAUCUGGUGAAGUCAUGGCACAUCAUCAACAAAGCUGCUGCUUUCUCAUCAUCCUGUGCGUGAGAGGUAUUCUGGGUGGUGAUUGGUCAGUUGUUGUCCCCACUCAUCCCCUUUGUGCUGCGAUUGGUUCUUCAGUAGUCUUCCCCUGUUCCUAUGACUACCCACCUAACUCUGAUGAAGUCCACCCAGAGACAGGAAGCAAUGAAAUAAAGGUUUUGUCUGAGAUAUGGUGUCUCUCAGCCAAUCGCUGCGUUACAAAAAGCAAAGUGUUCCACAGUGCCGGUGGUUCCGUGGAUUUGUCUUAUCAGGGCCGGGUGCAGUACCUGGGAAAACCAGGAAACAAGAACUGCUCUCUGAGGAUUUCUAAUCUCAAAGAGUCGGACAGUGGAACGUACGUGUUUUACUUCCUCACCAACCAUGCGACGCAGAAGUUGCCUCCACAGCGUGGCUUGCGGUUCUUAGUGGCAGCUUCUUGCACCUCAGUUGUGGUCAUGGCGAGUCCAUCCCGCGUCGUCCGGGAGGGGACAGCCUUAGACCUGCUCUGUUGCGUCCCAACUGCCAAUUCACUAAGCCUCUUCACAUGGCACAGGACCAAAGGUGCCAAGUUGGAACAUACUGGACCGAUGUGGAAGACCCGCAAAGUUACAUCGGAUCAAUCUGGCCGCUUCUACUGCCAAGUGCAGACUGGAGACCAGACGCUACGCUCAGAUGUUCUGAGAAUCGAUGUGCAGCACCCACCUAGGAACAUGAUCAUCUCCACCUGGAGAGAAAAGACGACACAUCCUAUGACUCUGACCUGCAGCAGUGAGGCCAGCCCAGUGGUCCGCACCUACGUUUGGUACGAGGGUGAAGCAUGUCUCCCAGCAGCAGACUUAAGGUUUCAUCGAGGAACAUCCAUCCAGGCCACAUUAACAGGAAGUGACUCAACACUCACCAGUGCCAACAUCACCGCGGAGGACAACGGGGUGUACUGCUGUGUGGCACGCAACAAACUUGGCUUUCAGAAAGCCAGCUUGACUCUGACCUACACCAGAACGCCAACUCAGUCCGUCUCUUCAAAAACGCCAAUGACGCUGAUUGGAGGAAUUAUUGUGGGCCUGCUGGCUAUUUUUGCUAUCAUUAUCUAUUUCAUAAUGAGGAAAAUCAAGAGAGCCAGACGAAUCAUAUGUCCUGAAUUGGAACUACUGCGACAGAAUCAAGCAAUUGCUUUGACUAUGUGUCCCAACCCACGUUGGAUAACACAAUAACACAAUGUUGAGACCCGAUGGAUGCAUGAGAUGUCGGAUCAUGCUGCCCUGUAAACCCUCCACAUUUAUAAAGUUACACGAUGCAACCUAUUUGGGAUUUUUGAAACAGAAAGGACCAGAGUUUUCUAACCCUGGACCCCAAAGCGUGCUGCCCGGCUUGUUUUAGAAGUGUCUCUGCUUUUACACACCUGAUUCAGGUCAUUACUGUUCAGCAACAGACCUCUAAAUGAUGUUCCCCUACGGAGGGUGAAAAGUGCCACAAUUCCACCCAAAAAAUGAAGUAGCAAAUACUAUUGGGAGAUUUAAUAAAAGCUAAAAGAGAUAUUA